AUGAAGGCAACUCAGAGCAGGCAAAAGUCCUAUGCGGACAAGAGGAGGAGGCCUUUAGAAUUUGAAGCUGGGGAUCAUGUGUUCCUCCGAGUAACACCGAUGGCAGGAAUACGAAGGGCUAUCAAAUCAAGAAAGUUAACUCUGAGGUUUGUUGCGCCCUAUCAGAUACUGAGAAGGAUUGGUGUUGUAGCCUAUGAAAUUGCCCUGCCACCGCACUUGGCGAAUCUGCAUGUGUUUCACGUGUCUCAAUUGCGAAAAUACAUAGCAGAUCCAUCCCACGUACUAGAGUCAGAUGAUAUUCAUAUCAGGGAAGAGUUGACGGUGAACGCUGGACCGGUGCGGAUCCUUGACUCGCAAGUGAAAAAGCUGCGAGGAAAUGAAAUAAAGACAUUGAAGGUCCUCUGGGAUGCAAUCACUCAGGAGAUGACUUGGGAGAUGGAGGAUAGCAUGAGGCAAUCUUACCCACACUUUUUUCCUGGUAAGUGCAAUUUUCGAGGACGAAAAUCUUUAAAGGUGGGGGGAAUGUAA